GUGUUGGUUUAAGUCUUACAGCUGGAAAAGUAAUCAGAGCUCAGAUAAAGGGUGAGAGUAAACACUCAUUAUGGCGGCUUCAGCAGCAUCGGGCGUGGGAGAUAUCGAAGAAGACGCCUCGCAGCUGUCUUUCCCCAAAGAGUUUGAGAACGCCGAGACUCUCCUGAACUCUGAGGUCCACAUGCUGCUGGAGCAUCGGAAACAGCAGAACGAGAGCGCUGAAGAUGAGCAGGAGCUCUCGGAGGUCUUCAUGAAGACGCUGAACUAUACCGCCCGCUUCAGCCGCUUCAAGAACCGCGAGACCAUCGCCAGCGUCCGCAGUUUGCUCUUGCAGAAGAAGCUACAUAAAUUUGAGCUGGCCAGUUUGGCCAAUCUGUGUCCAGAAGCUGCAGAAGAAGCCAAAGCACUCAUUCCCAGCUUGGAAGGUCGAUUCGAGGAUGAAGAGCUGCAGCAGAUUCUGGAUGAUAUUCAGACCAAAAGAAGCUUUCAGUAUUGAUUUCUUCUCCAUGAUGAUGUACAGACAAAGCUUUUCCCCUGUUCCUCUGCAUUGCUGAUAAUGGACUGACUCCAUUCUCCAUUCAUUGUAGAUGCAUUGUGUAUUACUCUAAAUAAUAAAUCUGAUGUGUUUGUAA